GUUGUCUGACAGAGACACCGAAAGUGAGGCUCGCCUUGCUAUCUUUCCAAUUGUAGCCUAUGCUACACAGAUUUGAAUAGAAAUUGAACAGUAUAAUUAUCAACAAGGAGAACAAAGAUAUGUAGCGUUAAAUCCGCACAUCGCCCGUCUGCGCCCUCCCUCUGUAACUCAAACCCCGUGACUCCUCAAUGGUGCCUGCUGCAACCGCUGCGUGGGGAAAAUAACCUGAAGACAAGGCUGUCAAAGUAUCUGAGACUCAUCUAAAGGAAGUUUACACCUGUCCGUUUAUCUGAACGCUUCCUUCCACGUUGUGUGUCCGGGAGAGCCCUCUGUUUGGAGGCUGUAGCUGGCGGUCAUCCGGCGCUCGUCAGCACCCCGCGGCGGUGGCAAGGCCAGGAGAGAUGGGGCGCAAGCUGGACCUGUCGGGCCUGACGGACGACGAGGCGGAGCAUGUGCUGAAGGUGGUGCAGAGAGACAUGAAGCUGAGGAAGAAGGAGGAGGACAGGCUCAGUGAGAUGAAGCAGGAGCUGGCGGAGGAAGGCAGUAGAUGCUCCAUCCUCUCCAAGCAGCACCGCUUCAACGAGCACUGCUGUAUCCGCUGCUGCUCUCCCUUCACCUUCCUGGUCAACCCCAAGCGCCCGUGUCUGGACUGCCAGUACAACGUCUGCAAGACCUGCCGCACCUACAGCAAGCGAGAGAAAGCCUGGCUCUGUACCGUCUGCCAGAAGACCAGGAUAUUGCGGACCCAGUCUCUAGAAUGGUACUAUAACAACGUGAAGAGCCGCUUCAAGAGGUUCGGCAGUGCCAAGGUUUUGAAGACGCUCUACAGGAAUCACAUAGUGGAGAGAGGAGGCAUCUUGGAUCUACCAGAAAGCGGUGUUCACGACGGAAGCAAUGACAAUGAUGGCAGCGUCUGUGGUAGUGACUCAACCUUCUACAGGCAGAGUGAAGGACACAGCAUGGCAGAGACCCUCACGGUUGCCCUGCGCGUUGCUGAGGAGGCCAUAGAGGAAGCCAUCACCAACGCAGAGGAAUUCAGUGACAGCUUGGAGAAGCAGAAUGAGGCUCGCUACCUACGGGACCACAAAGAAGAGCUUAUAGAGGAACUGGCCACAACCAUCGUACAAAAAAUCAUCCAGAGGAGGAAGCAUUCCGAGAUGCAGACAGAGUAUGACUUUGUGUGGCCCCAGAGACUGAGCCAGGGCCAGCCUCAGGGCAGUGAGCUGUCCUCCCCCAGCCAGCACCCUCACAGCACCCUGGCCCAGGCCAACCAGGCCCACCUCAAGAGCUCCUACUCCCUCUGGAGGUCGCGGUCGGCAUUCUCUCUGACCAGUGAUGACUCCCCAGAGAAGGUGACUGAAGCACUAAUGGGGGCGGGGGGCGGGGUACAGGACCACGCCUCUCUGAAGGAGACGGCCAGGGCCUCCUCACUACCCAGCUGGAAGAGUGUGGACCGCCUGGACAACUCCAGUGCGUCUUCGGUGCUGCAGAGCCCUGACGGGAACUGGAUUGCGCUGCAGAGCUCUCAGCACUCACGUCCCAGCCUACUGGCUAAGAGAAAGUCACUGGUGUUCAGCGUCCUGGAGAAAGAGUCUGGCGUGGUCUCGGCCUACGACGAGAUGGGCUCUGAUUCCGAUCAGGAGAACGACGAGGGGGGCUGGGGGGCCGCGCUCCGCCAGUUCCGGCAGAAACUCUCAGACGAGACGUACUACACGGACUCCCAACACGACCCGGAGUGGACGUACACCCCGGUCCACCUCCCGGUCACCUCGCCCUCCUCGGGCCAGUACACCAACACGGAGACCGUCAACUCUGACUCAGAGUCCUCGUCGGUACCCUCCGCCCGCCCCCGCAAACCCUUCCAUAACGUGAUGGGAAGAAAAGGUCCUAACUCAGACUCGCAUCUUCAUCCCCAGCAGGCUCAGUACCACCACCAUCAUCAACACCAGAACUUCCCCUCGUACCCGCUCCACCCGGAAGCGCUGGAUGUGAACUUUAACCCCAAGGUGACUGGGGAUAGUAGCGAGGCAGAGGACAGCAUCCAGAGCGACCAGGUCAGGAGGUCGCGGAGACGCAGGAAGAGCAAGAGGGAAGCGGCGGGGAAUCAGGCCCACACACAGACACACACACAGCCCCUCUACGCACAAUCUGUACAGGAGAACAGUAUCCUGCUGAACGGCCUGUUGAAGAGGGGCAUGAGUGAGGAGAUGGCCGCCCCUGAUGUGGUGCCCGAGGCCAUGGCCCCCGAGGACCAGGACACUGUGGCCCCUAACUCUGCGGCCCCUAGCCCCCGUAACCCCAUGACCCCUGACCCCCUGUCCACCAGCAGCACUGGGCCCGGCUCCGGAGACACACUGGAGCAGGAGCUCCGCUCCAAACUGAGCCAGCUGGUUGGACGAGCCAACAGCAAAGAAGUAGUGAGCUCAUCCGAGGACGAGCCAUUCAAAAGUCCUGGAGGGAGAGAUCGAGAAAGUGACAGACCGAAAGAGAAGCUGAGGCAGAAUGAGAGAGAAGGUGAUCGGCAGAGACAGAGUGACAGACCGAGGAGUAAAAGUCAUGAUAGGGCGAAGAGAGAGACAAUCGAGUCAGUGAAAGGGCCGGAACUGAAAAAGAGAGAGAGACUAAUGGAAAGGCCGACAUUAAGAGAAGAGGAGAGAGUGAAGGAGAGGAGGUUGGGGAGAGGAGGAAAGAGUUUGGAAGAGAAAGUAGAUGACAGAGAAGAGAAGAGUGUGGAGAAGAACAGGCUCUGUAAGAGACCACAGGGAAAAGGGGUGGACAGAAAGACAGAGAAAAAGGGGGAACAAGUGGAAGACCAAAAUGAAAAGACCGGAUCCACGCCCACCUCGCUUGCUAUUACCCCAUCUCUCCAGGAGGGGGUGCUAUGUGACGGACAGAAGUACUCGGCCGCAUCUCUGUGCAGUAUCACCACAGAAGUCCUGAAGGUGCUCAACGCUACCGAGGAGCUGAUUGGUGAGGCGGGGGGCGAUAGCGUCGCCCCCCCAGAGUGCAUGAGCGCGUCUGAAUCCUUCUCCAGCAGCUUAGAGACCAGGGAGCUGGACCAGAAACUCACAAAGAUGGAGGAAAACGUGUACCUGGCUGCGGGGGCGGUGUACGGCCUGGAGGGGGCACUGGGGGACCUGGAGGAGGUGGCCCGGGACAUCAGCAGUAGCACCUCAGACAGAGAGCUGGCCUUCCUGGAGGACCAGGUGGCCACUGCCGCCACCCAGGUGCAGCAGUCUGAGCUCCAGAUAUCAGACAUCGAGGUGAGGAUAUUAUCUUUAAAAACAGCUGGACUGAAUGUCACCGCCUGCAAUCGUUUCUCCAAGUUCCCCAAGCCAAAACCUAAGCCUCAAACCCUCGACACGUCACGUCAACAGAGGAGAAAGCUACCUGCCCCUCCAGCCAAAGAUAAGGAGUCCGAGCAGCAGGUGAGAGCACUUCAGCCGUACUGACAUACAGACAGCACAAAAAGUCCCUCGAGGGCACCCCAGGACCUGUGGACCCCCGCGGGGCCUCUCCAAUCCAGUGCCUUGAAUCAGCGUCCGCUUCGGGCUACACAGGGACUAACACCUGCCCUGUGCACCCCAACCAGCGCUCUCCUCAGCCAGGCACUUCCCCAUCCUGUCACCCUCUAAAAAUGGCCCCAUACCAUGCCUCCCCAUCCUACUCCAU